AUGGCGACUGGUGCGCUGCGGAAGGGUGUAGAACCAAGGGAGUUGUUCGAUAUGGUCAUGGGCCAAGCUCAGGAAACUGAGAAGGACUCAGGUCUAAGCGCGUUAUGUGCUGAGAAAGCGAGCGAAAAUCGUGACGACAUCCUUAGUGAAGAGAAUCCGGAGUUUGCUCCGGGAUGCUGGUUUGGACUCACCAGCGAAGAAGUUAAAGCUACCGAGAAGGCUGCAUUUGAAGGAGAGCUGGCAGAGCGGAUGCAGGAGUUGGGUCAACAACUGCACGCCACUGUUUAG